AAGCGACCGGCAAUAAUAGCUGUAAAACUAAAGACGAUUGUCAGUUGUGAAUACUCGUCGUUACAUUCCCCAAUUUUUUUCGAAUAUCUCCCAAAAAAUGCCUAAAGCGGCAUCAUCUUUGGCUACUGAAGCCCAGGGCGGCCGCAAAAAGUCCAAAACCCUUACUAACGGUAAAGCUAAAAACAAGAAAACAGUUAAUUCUGACAUCGACAUGGAGAAUAUAGAUAAUCUAGUUGAAGAACUACUUGAUCCGACAAAAAAACUAACUAAGGAGCAGCAAGAAAGGCGCAAAACACUGGAGGGCUAUUUGAUGUCUGAAUUGGGAGACAACACGGGUUCUGAUGGAGAAUCAGGUCAAGAGUCAAGUCAUCCUUCACCGGAACCAUUGUCCAAGAAGGGCAAAUCGAAGGCAGCCAGACCAACAGAUCGCAAGAGACAUCAUCAAACAGAGGACUCUCCGCCAGAAGAUACGAACAAUAAUAAAAAAGAGGGAAAGGUAACCUCCUCCAAAAGCAAACAACGACGCAGCCAAGGAUUGGAGAAAACUUCACCAAUUCUUGUAAACGGUGGGGCUGCAGCCUGUCCUCUGGUGCGAAAAUCCCUGCCAGCGUCAAAAGCUACAGCUUCGCAAUCCCCUUCUCCCGCCAAAUCCUGCCCUCUGCCAGCCAAACCCAAAACCUGUCCUCCGGCCAAAAAGGAGAACGUCAAAAGCUGUACGAUAAAGCAGGAGAAGCCGGACGACGAGGAGGAGGGUCCCUAUACCAGUUCAAAAGUCGAAUGGGGGAGUCGUUGCGACAGAGAAGAAGCCACGCCGUCGUUGCCAAAGGAAAUCCACCGAACCAAUAGCAUCGAAGAAGGCCGUCGCAUAUUGCGGUGGAUCCUCAAUCCAGUUCAACCCGAACACUUUUUUGAGGACUCUUGGGAGAAGAACGCCUGCCUGGUGCAGCGCAGGAACCCAAAAUACUUUAGCGAUCUCAUAUCCUUUCGCAUGAUCGAUGAAAUGCUGAUCCGCAAUCAUCUAGACUUCACCGUCAAUCUGGAUGUGACCAGCUACAAGAACGGCAAGCGCGAGACUUUGAACCCCGACGGCAGGGCAUUGCCGCCAACUGUUUGGGGUUUCUAUUCGGAUGGCUGCAGCAUUCGUCUGCUGAAUCCAUCCACCUAUCUCUCGGGAUUGAGACAGGUGUGCAGUAUGCUGCAGGAGUUCUUCCACUGUUUGGUCGGGGCAAACGUCUACUUAACGCCGCCAAAUAGUCAGGGAUUUGCGCCGCAUUACGAUGACAUCGAAGCGUUUGUUAUCCAAGUCGAGGGACGCAAGCGUUGGCGGUUGUACAAGCCGCCCGAAAAGUCGGAUGUGCUGGCCAGGAUUUCGUCUGGCAACUAUGAGCAAGAGCAGUUAGGCGAGCCGAUACUCGAUGAGGUCCUGGAGGCCGGCGAUGUAAUGUACUUCCCCCGGGGCACCGUCCAUCAGGCGCUUUGCCAGGAGGAUCACCACUCGCUGCACAUCACGUUAAGUGUGUACCAGCAGCAGGCAUAUGCAAAUCUCUUGGAAACCCUAAUGCCCAUUGUCCUAAAAAAGGCUGUGACACAGAGUGUGGCCUUGCGUCGCGGCUUGCCGCUGCACACCUGGCAGGUCUUGGGCAAUUCGCAUAGUUCCGAGAAGAGCCAGUCGCGCACCCAACUGGUAGAUAGUGUUCAGAAGUUAGUUGGCAAAUAUCUGAUGCCUUCAGCCGAGGAUAUUGAUCAGGCGGUGGACCAGCUCGCCAAAAAGUUCCAACACGAGGCCCUACCGCCGACUAUUUUGCCAGAUGAAAAGGUGCGCACCGUUUUCGGUUCGAGGAAUCAAAUCGAUGAGCAGGGAAACUGCAUUUGCGAUUACGAACUUACCGCCGAGACAUCCGUACGUUUGCUGCGAGCCAAUAUACUGCGACUCGUUAAAGAGGACGAUGGUCUGCGAAUCUACCACCAUGUGGACAAUGCCCUCGAGUACUGCAAAUACGAGCCCGUUUUCAUGGAGAUCCUGCCCGCCGAAGGGGCUGCGGUAGAGCUCUUGAUCGCCGCCUAUCCCAUGUAUGUAAAGGUUGGCCAGUUGCCCAUGAAAAGCACGGAUCGCAAAAUUGAAGUGGCCACCGCUCUGUGGGAACGGGGUCUCCUGAUGACCGAAGAGCCAUUCGAUGCGUGAAAUCCUGCAAGCGUAUAACAUGUGAACAAUUCUGCACGAUAUGGAAACCCAUGAUCCGGAGAAUAUUCAAAAGUCAAUUAUUAUUUUUUGUACUCAUUUUUAAGAUGAAUUUGUGUAUUAGUUAUGUAUGUAAUCCGAAAGUUUAUAAAAAACCAACAAUUGUAUUGUAUAAUGAAAAGUUUUGCUUAAAUGA